AACUAGAGCUUGGCUUUCAAGAGAAAGAAGAGUCUUCAAGAGCUCUAUCUCGCUCUUUCACUUGGUCUUAGAUAUUUCUUUUCCCGUUCAUAGUUUUUGUCAAUAAUCCGACCAAAAAGGAGAGAGAAAUAAUCAAGAAAGCAGAAACAAAUGGCUCUACCUCACAAUGUAUGGGCAUUUGUGUUCGGAAUCAUGGGUAACAUUAUAUCAUUCGUCGUGUUCUUAGCCCCAGUACCGACCUUUGUAAGGAUAUGCAAGAAGAAAUCUACAGAAGGAUUUCAGUCUCUUCCCUAUCUUUCAGCGCUAUUUAGCGCAUUGCUUUGGAUUUACUAUGCUAUGCAAAAAGAUGGCUCAGGCUUGCUUCUCAUCACAAUAAACGCUGUUGGCUGCUUCAUCGAAACCAUCUACAUCGUCCUUUUCAUAACCUAUGCUAACAAGAAAACUAGAAUAUCCACUUUAAAGGUUCUUGGUCUCUUGAACUUUUUGGGUUUUGCCGCCAUUGUCCUUGUCUGCGAGAUGUUAACCAAAGGAUCGACACGUGAGAAAGUUCUCGGAGGGAUUUGUGUUGGAUUUUCCGUCAUCGUUUUCGCAGCUCCUUUAAGUAUCAUGAGAGUGGUUAUACGAACAAGAAGUGUGGAGUUUAUGCCAUUCUCUUUAUCGUUGUUUCUUACACUUAGCGCCGUCACAUGGCUCUUCUACGGUCUCGCUAUUAAAGACUUCUACGUUGCGCUUCCAAAUGUGUUGGGCGCGUUCUUAGGAGCUGUUCAAAUGAUUCUCUACAUAAUCUUCAAGUACUACAAAACUCCGGUGGCUGAGAAAACAGAGAAAUCCAAAACGGUGACCGACCAUUCCAUUGACAUGACAAAGCUAACCUCCGUUAUGCCCACUCCAGUUUCGGAUACAGCGGUUCAUCCACCGCCUGCUAUUCACGAUGUUCCCGAGUCUCAGAUUCAAGAGACCAAGGUCAAGAACCAGAAUAUGGCCAGUUUGAAAGAUCAGAACAACAAGGAUCUCGAGAACCAAAACCAAUUUAAGUAGGGAGUCUUAUUUAGACAUUAUUAAUAAUGUAUUUGUUUGAGUUGUGCACUCUAGCUUAACUUCUUUUCCUUUUUUGUAUUUUGUUGUUUCGCAUCUUUAUUGCGGUCUCUGGUACCUCUUUCAAACCAUCAUUUUCUUUCCAGGUAUCUGGAAAUUGUGCUAUGAUCA